AUGUAUGCAUCGUACCCCCCUCCUCCUCCUCCUGCCGAUGGUGGCAUGACGACUUACAAUGCUGGUGGUGGUGGUGGUGCUCCUCCUCCUCCUCCUCCUGUUGCCGAAUUCCAACAAAUGAAUCUUGGUGGUGGCCAUGGUGGCAGUGGUGGUCGAGUAGUGUGUGGUCCUUUAUUACGUUACCUAGAAACCGACUAUCGAACCGGCAUUUACCGCGGCUCAUGUUUAAUUGUCUCGGACCAUCGUCAACCUCCUCCCCUUGAAAUCACAUUGCAACCUGUGCAAGGUAGUUCAGGCCCCACCCAAAAGUUGUCAGCACAAGGUGAACUCUUGGACGUCUUCCGGAACGAGUUUCAUUUCUGGCGAUAUGAAUUACGACUUCCUUUACAAGAAAACGAGCAGUUGGUCGUGUAUACGAGCCCUUGCUUGAAAGAAUCUUAUUCGUUCCAUAUGCCCGGUUAUUAUCAAGCCAUGCGAUUCAUGUUUCAUUCGUGUAACGGCUUUUCUGAUAUUCCUCAAGAAACAAAGGAUCGAUUCGGUGAAAAGGAUGCUCCUCUCUGGCAAGAUGUCUUGGAUCGUCACAAUGUCAUGCCUUUCCAUGUACUACUCGGUGGUGGUGAUCAGUUGUACCAGGAUCGUCUUAUCAAGGAAGAUUUCAUGAAGCCUUGGAAUGAUGAAAAGGAUCCAAAGAAACGUGUUGCCAUGGUGUUGCCAAAGGAAACCAAGGAUGGCCUUGAACACUUUUAUUUCUAUAACUAUAUCAAGAACUUUGGAUUUGAAGGUAACCCCUGGGUGGCCAAGGCAUUUGCUACCAUUCCUUCGGUAAACAUGUGGGAUGAUCACGAUAUCAUUGAUGGUUAUGGCUCCUAUCCUGCUGAUAUGCAACAAGCCGAUUGUUUCCAGACUCUCUUUGCCAAUGCAUCUCGUUUCUAUUACCUCUUUCAACAUCACACGACCAUGGAUCUUGCUCCACAGCAUGGUAUGAUUCGUGGUAGUGUCAAGUCAUGCAAUCACAUUGUCAAUACCUUGGGCCCUGAUAUCGGCUUGUUGUCACUUGAUGCACGUGGUGAACGUACAAAGUAUGAUGUGUGUCAACCCGUAUCUUACGAUCGUGUCUUUGAUGCCUUGAAACGCUUGCCUGCUUCCGUCAAACAUCUCAUUGUCCUUACAGGUGUACCAUUGAUCUAUCCCAGAUUGACUCUUUUUGAAAAGGCUAUGGAUGGUGCUGCUGGAUUUAACCUUGCUACGCUUGCAGGCAAAACAGGUGCCUUGGGUGAUUUGAUCAGUGGUUCACUCAACAAAUGGAAUGGUGAUCCCGAAUUGCUCGAUGAUAUGAAUGACCAUUGGACAGCUGGUAAUCACGAGGUGGAGCGUAAGCGCUUUAUUGAACGUCUUCAGCAAUAUGCACGUGAUCGAUCCAUUCGUGUGUCACUUAUUGGUGGUGAUGUCCACUGUUGUGGCGCUGGACGAUUGUAUUCCAAGGACAUGCGUAACAAGGAAGAAGGUGAUCCCCAUCUUAUGGUCCAAAUCAUUUCCAGUGCCAUUGUCAAUGUCCCACCUCCUCAAGCAUUAUUGGCUAUUUUGAACCAGAAUUCGACUUAUAUCACAUUCAACCCCAACACGGAGGAGAAAAUGUACAAGUUGUUCCUGAAAUCACCCAACGGCAACAAUCGUCAAAACACCAAAUUGAUGGGCAUGCGUAAUUACACAGCUGGUUAUUUGGAUGAGACCACGGGCAAACUCAACUUUUGGAUCCAAGCUGAAAAAGAAGUGGGUAAAAAGGGUACCAUGGGUUAUUUGGUGGAUGUCCCAAAGUUGGUGUUUAGCCAAGCUGGUGCACGAUUGUAUUCCCAUAACAAACGCGACUUGAUGCCUCCCUUGCGCCAUGGUGGUUCAGCUGCUGCUCCUCCACCUCAUCCUCCACGACCUGGUGCUAAUUAUCCUCCCCAACAAGGUCAACGUCCUGUUCCACCACCCCCUCUUCCUGCUCGUGAUGCUGGUGGUAUGCCCAUGCCUGCUUCCAACAUGUAUUACUAG